AUGCUUCCCUUGCUGGCUGGCACUUUCCUCACAAUGGGAGCCACUUUUGCUAAGCCCGUGCCCUCGACCUGCGUAGGAUGUACAGACGUCACGAUUCCUAUUCCUGCAUCGACUGGGGCUGUCGCUGUACCAGCUGAUUUCUUUGGCUUUGGGUUCGAGUCUGGACUACUUCCCCAUUACGAUAAUGAUUUCUCCGUCAACGUGGUGCACUCUAUUCAAUCCCGUAUGAGCAAGCCGCUGGUCAUUCGUGUGGGUGGCACAAGCGGUGAUCAUAUCACUUUCAAGCCUGAGCAAACCAAAGUCGCUGCCGAUUGCCAUUCGAGCAAGAAAUUUUGCAACAGCCUGGACGAUUAUACCGUCGGGCCAGACUAUUUCGAUGCUUUGAAACGCUUCGAGGAUUCACACUGGACUCUUCAAGCUCCUAUGGGAGAUGAGAUGAAGCUUGAAGCUUCGAUGGCUUUCCUGCAGCAGGCAUGGGGCGCCGCCACCAACAAAGGAGCGAACAAGGAGAGAGUGGCGGCGAUUGCCCUCGGCAAUGAGCCAAACUGGUACAAAGCAUAUGGUGUUGAUGGAUAUAUUCAGCGAUCACAAAAGAUUCAAGAGCAAGUCGUCAAGGAUUUCAAAUUGCAAGGAGAUGAGGCUCGGAUCUUCCAGACGGGAGAGAUUGCGGCCGAAGUGGCAAGCAAGGCGGACUCACCUAGCAAGUUCACACUCAUGGAUCUACUAAAGCCCCUCUUUAAGGGAACGUCUACACAGCAGAAAGAAAUCAAGUAUGCCGCUGAACACUACUACCAGGUGAUUGGCGCAAAUGACGGUGGCCACGAAUACACUGCCGCAGACCUGAAAGACACUUUGAUGAACCACAAAGCUAUCACUAAUAAACUUGCUCCCUAUGCCGCGGCUGUUAAAUCUUUAAAUGGCAUCGACAAGUCUGUGCCUCUUGUCAUUUCAGAAGCUGGAUCCGCCAUCGGAAAUACUGCAGUCGAAUUCGCAGGCGGCUUUGGCGCGGCCAUCUGGGCAGUGGAUUUCCAUCUGGCUGCUAUGUGGCACGGCAUUCAGCGAGUCUGCAAUACGCAUGGUCCAGAUGCUACACACGCUUGGUGGCUGCCUGAUGAUACGAGCGCCCAUGCGAAGACACGCGCUGUCCAGGGCAUCUUCCCGGCGGCGCCGUUCAUUGCUGACUUCAUUGGCAAUGAUAAACUUGGAAAGAUUAAAGAGAUCGACCUGAAGAAUGACUUCCUCAGCGCUUAUGCAAUGUUUGAUCAGAAGACCGACAAGUUGUCGCGCAUUGCGAUAAUAAACAUGCGCCAAUGGGAGUAUGGCCCGGCCGUUCGUCCAAGAUACGUUGCUCAGAUUGACAUUGGCAAAGAUGUGAAGUCGGCCGUUGUUCAGCGCAUGCAGUCUGAGCAUGGUGCUGCUGCUCUCGGAUUUGACCUUGGUGGUCCACAGCAAAACGUGACUUGGAAUGGUGAGCAGUGGAGCUGGAAGCUUAGUAAGGGUCUUGGUCGUAAGGUUGCGGGAUACGAGGAGGAGAAGUUGGUUAUCAACAAGGAUAAGAACAUGAACGGACACAUCUCUGUCAAUGUUUGGGAUACGGAGGCAGUGAUUGUACAACUUUCCUGA